CAACUAUUGGUCAUAAAAGUACCGAUAUAUCAUUGUGGAAAUACUAAUUUUCCAAAUCCAAAUUUAAUUUCAACUUAUGUUAUAGCGGCUCAUUGUAGAAACCCGUAUUAUGAUCUGUUUCAUUCGACAAGUUUCGUACAGCUUGAAUCAGUUGAAUAUUUUGCUAAAAUAUGAAACAUAUCUAACAAUAUAUCCGGCUUUAUUCAAUCACAACAAUGGAGACGAAACGUUAUCAGACGCUCUGAAACGUGAUGUAACGUAAUGUGUAUAACGUCGGAAUGUACUGAUACCGGCGUUGGAACAUUGUCAGUUUCUACAUCUAAUCGUCAUGAACAUUGUUUAUACUUGGUCGGCUGACAGCUGUUUGAACUUCGGCGUAAUGUGCACUGUAUCGUUUUGUACAAGCAUCGAUGUAUCUUCUGGUCAUGUAAGGCUUCCGAUGUAAUCAACGAUGAAACUACUGCGUGGUUUCAAUGCAUCGGAACGUAAAAGUGCAACAGCAUAAUUCUAGUACAUUUUGAAUGUUUUCCUCUAUUACCUCUAAGUGCAAAGUUACAGAACAGUUUGCGGUAUAAUGGCAGCUCAUAAGACAGGCGGGCAAAGUGCUCGAAAGAAAGUACAGGUAUCCAUGGUUAUAAGAGAUGAAAUGGAAAAGAAACAUAGAGCUGGAGUCAAUUCAUUACAAUAUGAUCCAGCUUUGCAUAGGCUUUACUCCGCAGGUAGAGAUAGUAUUAUAAGGAUAUGGAAUUGCAAAAAUAUGAAAGAUCCAUAUAUUCAGUCAAUGGAGCAUCAUACAGAUUGGGUCAAUGAUAUAGUAUUGUGCUGUGGUGGCAAAAAUUUGAUAUCAGCCAGUUCUGACACAACAGUAAAGGUAUGGAAUGCACACAAAGGUUUCUGCAUGUCUACUUUAAGGACACAUAAAGAUUAUGUAAAGGCUCUAGCAUAUGCAAAAGAUAAAGAACAAGUUGCUAGUGCUGGUUUAGAUAAAUUAAUCUUUCUAUGGGAUGUGAAUACGUUAACUGCUCUCACAGCAAGCAACAAUACAGUAACAACAUCAUCUCUUAGUGGAAAUAAAGACUCUAUAUAUAGUCUUGCUAUGAAUCAGAUUGGGACAAUUAUAGUGAGUGGUAGUACAGAAAAAGUUUUAAGAGUAUGGGAUCCAAGAAAUUGUACCAAGUUAAUGAAACUUCGUGGUCAUAUGGAUAAUAUUAAAGCCUUAGUAUUAAAUAGAGAUGGUACGCAGUGUUUGUCAGCCAGUUCUGAUGGAACAAUUAAACUUUGGUCACUGGGGCAACAAAGAUGUAUCCAAACCUUUAGAGUACAUAAAGAAGGUGUUUGGGCAUUGUUGGCAACAGAUACCUUUAGUCAUGUAAUAUCAGGAGGCAGAGACAAAAGAGUUGUAAUGACUGAAUUAUCAUGCUAUCCUGAAAGGUAUACAGUUAUUUGUGAAGAAAAAGCACCUGUACUAAAAAUGGUUAUGACACCUGAUCAAUCCAGCAUUUGGGUAGCAACUAGUGAAUCUACUAUAAAUAAUUGGUCUAUAAGUCAAAAGGACUGGCAAGAAUUAGGAAUUGAAGACUAUUGUGACUCCGCUAGUGGGGUAACACAGAAUGUAAGAAAUACAGAGCCUGCACAAAAAAUAUUGGGUGGCUCGGCAAUACGGCAUUGUCACGUCUUAAAUGAUCGAAGACACGUUUUAACGAAAGAUACGGAAGAAAAUGUAGCUUUAUACGAUGUAUUAAAAGCGCGUAAAGUUGAAGAUUUAGGAAAAGUAGAUUUUGAACAGGAGAUAAAAAAAAGAAAUAAAAUGGUGUAUGUUCCAAACUGGUUUAGUGUAGAUCUGAAAACUGGGAUGUUGACCAUCCAUUUAGGUCAAGAUGAAAAUGACUGUUUUUCUGCAUGGGUUUCUGCAAAAGAAACUGGUCUUGCAGAAAAUGAUGCGGUAGAUCAAAAAGUGAAUUAUGGAAAUCUUUUGCUACAAGCUUUAUUGGAACAUUGGUGGAGGCCAUUACAUGUUGAUGAUGAAAAUGAAGGCAAUAGUAAUGACGGUAAUAGCUCUAUACAUACUAGAGGAGGAAAUUUAUAUUUCUCAGUACCAACCCAUACACCUGUUAUAUUCAGUGAAGUAGGAGGCAGACCUCUGUAUAGAUUAUUAGUUAGAGAUGCUGCAGGAGAAAUGGAAGGAGUGCUAUUAAAUGAAACUGUUCCAGCAUGGGUAGUUAAUAUUGUUGUGGAUAAAAAUCUCCCACAGUUCAUUAAAAUAUCAUUUUAUCUUCUUCCACAUGCAACAUCUGGUGUAAAAAGUUUAAAAAGGGAUCGCUUAAUUGCAAACGAUUUUAUACAAAUUCGUAAGAUAGCAGAACAUGUUUGCGAUAGAGUGCUUGGUGCCGGAAGUGAUUCGGGAUCGGUAUCAGGUAUUGGAAAUACAGUUUCUGGAGGAUCUCCACCUGGAGACAGGACAAAUACAGAUUCAAAUGCUGAUAGUUCUUCGCUGAUCGAGGAAAAAGUAGAAUUGUUAUGUAACGAUCAAGUUUUAGAUCCUUCUAUGGAUUUAAGAACUGUCAGACAUUUUAUUUGGAAAAGUUCAGCAGACUUAAUAAUUCAUUAUCGGCCAGUAAAAUAGUUAGAGCUAAAUUCGUCAGAACAGAGAUCUCUAAAGUGUCCAUGGUUUUUUACUGUCAUAAAAAUAACGGAAGACAUGUGGUCUAGUUGCAGAGUGUGGCAUUUCACACUACCUUCAUUUUCUGAAAUGUUCAAUCGAAUUUCGAUGGAUGUUUCGUUAGAUGCUGCAAGUGAAGAUGAAUAAAAGUCAGGUUAUAUAUAGAGUAUUUAAAAUUAAAUGAGUUGAAAGGCAAUAAUGUGUGGAAGUAUCAGUAUAAAUUGCUCAUAUUUGUAUAUUUAUAUUCUGGGGCCAAAUUCAAUAAUACAACAAUAAUUUCAGUUAGUCUGCUACUAAAAACAUAUUUUUUGUUUUUAAUGCAUUUCAUUUAAUGCAAAGUAUUAAAUGUUUACUGUCAGCCAUUUAUAGUCUUCCCACUUCAAAAAUAUCAACAAGUAAAGUUAAGUACAAAAAAUAAGGGAUAAACCUUUGAUGGCCCAGGAAAUUAAACUGUCUUUAAAUAUUAUAUUUUCAUAUGCUUCUCAAUUAUUCCUUUAUUGAUACUAUGUAAUUAAUUUUUUUUCCUUUUUGUUGAUUUGUAAGUAGCACUAUUUUAUUUAAACAAAACAUAUACUCAAACAAACGAAAGACAUGCAUCAGCAAUACUCCACACACCUGCCUUGUUAUUGUAAAAAAAAAAGCAAACUAUAAAAGGAAGAGGAAAAUGUCAAUUUACUAUUAAUCAAAUUAAAAUUCAGCAGCCAAAUUAACAGUUCAAUAUUUCCUAUUAAUAACAUAGGAAAUAACAGUGUAUGUCUUCAGUGUAAUAAGGUCAAAUUCUGUCUCUAAUGGAACUUCCAGUAAUUAAACUUUUAUUACAUAUUAUACGAGGGAAGAAAAGUAUGAAUACAUUACAGUUUUCGAUUAAACAAAUAUGACUAUAUUGGCAGAAUUUGAUCUUAGGAGACAACUAUAAUAGAUAAAAACAAAAAGACAACUACAAUAGAUAAAAAGUUAAUCAUACGUUAGAAUAUUUACUCUACUAGAAUCCUACAAAUUGUACAUACAAAUACGAUUGUAAGUAACGUCCCUUAAUCAUAGUGAUGGGCUGUAUACAUAAAAUCGAAGCAAAUGUAUCAAAAUCGAAGCCUUUGCACCAAUUUUAUGAAAUUGGGAUAAAUGCUUGACUUUAAAAAAGAAAAAGAAAUUGAGUGACAUAUAGAGGGAGGGAGUGACAGAAAGAGAAAGAAAAAAAGAAAACGCUGUUCUUUAUUAAUAUGGCCCUAAAUGUUGUAAUUCUUGUGUUAUCGAAAUGACAUAGAAGCAAUUUUUUAAUAAAUCUAGAGAUUAUUUCGUUGUUACAUUUUAAUAUGCUACGUAUUGUAUAAGUAUUUAUUUGCUAAGCUUUUGUUACACAUAUUUAAAAAUGUAAAGAAGUUAAUUACUAUUAUUUAGUUAUAUUCUUCUUAUUAGGAAUUUUUAGAGCUCUGUGAUAAAUGUUUCUUGAGCUAAGGACGUUGAUUAACAUGAUGGCUACCAAAAAUAUUGUAUAUUUGCAGUUAAGUUUGAUUCAUUUUUAUGUUUGUAUAUUGGCAUUAUAUGUAUAUUUUGCAAAGACCUAGUAUCAAUCAUGUCGCAUUU